CGUUCGCCGCUCCUUCCCCUUCACCACCCAUCACACCACGCACGCAGAGACGACAACCCGUCGUCUCCCCUCCACCCGGCGAGCGGACCUGUCCUCUGGACCCGCUCCCGUCCCCCCCCGCCGCCGCGCGCGCGCGCUGGUCGGGCGCUGGUGGUGGUCUGGUUGAUGCAGCAGCGGGGCCUCGCCCACAACUGCCGCUCCCGCGGCUUCUCCCGCUCCCGCGUCGCCGUCGAGGGCGCCUGAACGCACGCACGCCACCCAGCGCAACCGAAACCCCCCCGAUCCGGCUCUUCCUCGCGUUAUUGCAGCUUUUUCUAACGCCGUAGAAAACGAAAGAGAACAAACACAACAGAAAUAAAACCCACCACACCACCACCACCACCACCACCGUCCGUACGCCCGAAAGGAAGAGGAGUCGAGAUGAACACCGUCGGCGUCCCUGUGGUAGCCGUGGCGAAUGGCGUCCCCGUGGUGGACGUUGCGGAUGGGAUCGGUGAGGUGGAGCGCAAGGUGCAGAAGAGCUACUGGGAGGAGCACUCCAAGGACCUCACCGUCGAGUCCAUGAUGCUCGACUCCCGCGCCGCCGACCUCGACAAGGAGGAGCGACCCGAGAUCCUGUCUUUGCUUCCCUCUUACAAAGGGAAAUCAGUUCUAGAACUUGGUGCUGGAAUAGGACGCUUUACUGGAGAUCUGGCAAAAGAAGCUGGGCAUGUUCUAGCACUAGAUUUUAUUGAAAGUGUGAUUAAGAAGAAUCAAAGCAUAAAUGGGCAUCACAAGAACAUAACCUUCAAGUGUGCUGAUGUAACAUCUCCCGAAUUGAAGAUUGAAGAUAACUCUGUUGAUCUGAUAUUUUCAAACUGGCUAUUAAUGUACCUUUCAGAUGAGGAGGUUGAAAAGCUUGUGGGGAAAAUGGUAAAAUGGUUAAAGGUCGGAGGCCAUAUUUUCUUUAGAGAAUCAUGUUUUCACCAAUCUGGAGAUUCCAAAAGGAAGGUGAACCCAACACAUUAUCGAGAACCAAGGUUUUAUACUAAGGUAUUUAAAGAAGGCCAUUCAUUUGAUCAAGAUGGAGGUUCUUUUGAACUUUCUCUAGUGACUUGUAAAUGUAUUGGGGCUUAUGUCAAAAAUAAGAAGAAUCAAAACCAGAUAUGUUGGUUAUUGGAAAAGGUAAAAUCAACAGAAGACAGAGAUUUUCAAAGGUUCCUGGACAACGUGCAAUACAAAACAAGUGGAAUCUUACGUUAUGAGCGUGUCUUUGGUGAAGGUUAUGUGAGCACUGGUGGAAUCGAGACUACAAAGGAAUUUGUGGGCAUGCUGGAUCUUAAACCUGGCAAGAAAGUACUUGAUGUUGGAUGUGGAAUUGGAGGCGGCGACUUUUACAUGGCUGAAAACUAUGAUGUCCAUGUGCUUGGAAUUGAUCUUUCGGUUAACAUGGUUUCAUUUGCAAUUGAACGUGCCAUUGGACGCAAGUGCUCUGUUGAAUUUGAAGUUGCUGAUUGCACCACAAAGGAUUACCCAGAAGAUAGUUUUGACGUCAUCUACAGCCGUGACACUAUCCUUCACAUACAAGACAAGCCUGCUCUGUUCAGAAGCUUCUUCAAAUGGCUAAAACCCGGUGGCAAAGUCCUAAUCAGUGACUACUGUAAGAAUCCUGGAAAACCAUCAGAAGAAUUUGCUGCAUACAUUAAGCAGAGAGGUUAUGACCUCCACGAUGUGAAGGCUUAUGGACAGAUGCUCAAGGAUGCUGGUUUUCAUGAUGUCAUUGCAGAAGAUCGCACUGAGCAGUUCCUGAAUGUUCUACGGAGGGAGCUAGGUGAAGUUGAAAAGAACAAAGAGGCUUUCCUGGCAGACUUCACCCAGGAGGACUACGACGACAUUGUGAACGGCUGGAACGCGAAGCUGAAACGGAGCUCUGCCGGUGAGCAGAGGUGGGGCCUGUUCAUUGCGACCAAGUGAUUUGGCCUGGAAGUCCAGAGUGCUCUCGCCUCUUGGGAAUAAGAAUGGUUGUGGCUCUGCUUCUAGACCGUUGAUUCAGCCUAGAAGUAGAGGAUCUUCGUCUUCGUCGGAAUAAAAACGUGUGCUGUUGACUGUUGUGGUGUUGUGUCUACAGCUAUACUAGCAUUUCUGUUGUUAUGUUCUAUGUAAGCUGCGAACCCAGAGUUGCAGAAUGUGUACUGCUCGCUGUUGUGGUUGUGUCUACGCUACGUAGCAUUUCAGUUGUUGUAGGUGAACUGCGCACCCAGAGCUGCAGAACAUGGAUGCCUGCUCGAUUAAGUUAACGGUGUACGAGAUAAUAAGUUUGUUGUCAGAGUCGAUGUCACGUUGUCACUGGAGGUCCCUGAUCAAUUCAGACGUGCUUUGGUGCUAUUCGAAAGUAUAUUUUAUGUAUAAUAUAUUGUCGCUUU